AGUUAUCAUGGCGGCUUACCGGUUCCAGGUAUUCUGUCCCUUCUUCGCUACCACGACUCACCCUGUAAGGAGAGGCUAAUGGGAGCUCAGCGGGUGUUGAGCCUGGCAGUCAAGCCCCUCUCCACCACCAGACUCCCCCGAAAGCAGCUCCAACCGCAGGCUCUGACGACUGGGUAGGCUGUGGGCUUGCCUCUCCAGGGUCCUGCUCAGCCGGGCCGGGGUUGCUGACAAUCAGGCAGACCAAACCCAGGGAUUGGCCCUUCAGAACUGAUAGGAGCCACUCCCCAGUGCUUUGCAGACCACUCAUUCAGCUAAACUCCUGACACCACCUGGCUCAACGUCUCCUACAGUUGGCCCUAUAGUCCCCUGAGGGCCUAUGUGACUUGAGGACUGGCCAGAAGCCUGGUAUGAGGAAGAAGAAGAAAGCACGACCGUCUCACUUCACCACCCUUCUGUGGAUCCAAAGGGCUUCCGGUCGAAGCUUCCUCGGCCCUCCCAUAUCCUGCGGCUUCCUUUCUCUGUCAGAGGGACUGCAGAAGGCAGGCUGUCCCAGGCACCACGGAGGGAUGCUGCUGUGGUUGCUUAUGCUGUGGGGAGGGCCCCUGGAUGCAGCUCUGAGCUACCAGCUGGAACUACAGGAGUCCGUGAUGGUGCAGGAGGGCCUGUGUGUCCACGUGCCAUGCAUGUUUUCCUACCCCUGGCUUACCUUUGCAACCCCCCAAAUGUCUUGGUUCCAGAAAGGGGCAGAUGUAAACCGUGAUCCUCCAGUGGCCACAAACAAACCGAACCAGAAGCUGCAUGAGAGGACCCAGGGCCGGUUCUUCCUCCAUGGGGACCCCCAGACCAAGGACUGCUCCCUGGACAUCACGGGAGUCAACAUGGGAGACAGCGGAACUUACUUCUUUCGAAUGCACACACAUUCAUAUCUAGAUAAGAUGCUUUCUCUGAAUGUGACAGCCCUGACUCACACACCUGACAUCCUCAUCCCGGGGACCCUGGAGUCUGGCCGCCCCAGGAACCUGACCUGCUCUGUGCCCUGGGCCUGUGAGCGGGGCACACCCCCCAUCUUCUCCUGGACGUCAGCUGCUCUCACCUCCCUGGGCCCCAGGACCCACCUCUCCUCUGUGCUCACCCUCACCCCACAGCCCCAGGACCAUGGCACCAACCUCACCUGUCAGGUGUACUUCCCUGCAGCUGGUGUGAUGGUGGAAAGGACCGUCCAACUCAAUGUCACCCAUGCUCCACAGAACACAGCUAUCAGGAUCUUCCAAGGAACCAGAGCAGUCCCGAGGAUUCUGCAAAACAUGUCAUCGGUUCUCAUCCUGGAGGGCCAGGCUCUCGGUCUGCUCUGUGCUGCUGAGAGUAGUCCCCCUGCCGAGCUGAGCUGGUUCCGGGGGUCCCCUGCCCAGAAUGCCACCCCCAUCUACAGGAGUGCAAACCUGGACCUGCCUCAAGUAGGGGCUGCAGAGGAAGGAGACCUCACCUGCCAAGCUCAGAACUCCCUGGGCUCCCAGCACGUCUCCCUGCAUCUCUCUGUGGUCUACCCCCCGCGGCUGCUCAGCCCCUCCUGCUCCUGGGAGGGCGAGGGGCUGCACUGCAGCUGUUCCUCCCGAGCCCAGCCGGCCCCCACCCUGCGCUGGCGGCUGGGGGAGGGGCUGCUGGAGGGGAACCACAGCAACGCCUCCUGGACCAUCACCUCCAGCUCGGCGGGGCCCUGGGCCAACAGCUCCCUGAGCCUCAGCGGGCCGCUGGGCUCUGGCCUCAGACUCAGCUGCGAGGCCCGGAACGCCCACGGGUCCCAGAGCGCCGCCUUCCUGCUGCUGCCAGAUAAAGGACUCGUCUCAAAAGCAUUCACCAAUGGAACAUUUCUGGGAAUUGGCAUCAUGACCCUCCUUUUCCUCUGCCUCCUCCUGGUCAUGAAGACUCUGAAGAAGAAACAGACCCAGGCGGGGACUCCGCCGAGGCCCAGGGCCACACGGAGAAGCACGAUCCUGGACUAUAUCAACGUGUUCCCUAACCCUGGCCCCUUGGCUCAGAAUCGGAAAGCCACACCGAGCAGUCCUUCCCAGGCCCCUCCUCCAGGUGCUCACUCCCUGGAAUUUAAGAAGAACCAGAAGGAGCUACAUGUUGUUGCCCACACUGGUCCAGGACCCAAAUCAUUCACUCAAGCCUCAGAAUCAGAGAAUAACCAAGAGGAGCUCCAUUAUGCUACCCUCCACUUCUUAGGCCUCAGACCAUGGGAGACCCAGGAGCCCAAGGAUACCUACUCAGAGUACACAAACAUCAAGUUCCACUGAGGCUGUCCCAGGCUGUCACCCUGCAGGGCUGGGAUCCAGGCUAGGCAGAAUGGAGAGGAUGAGGAAGACAAGGUGCCAGCCUGUCUCUCUCUCUCACUCUCUCUCUCUCUCUUUUCGUCCUCCAAGGAUGGGUCCUCCCAUCCCAGACCUGAGCAUUUGGAACAGCUUGGCAAACCUAUCCCAAGGGACCCUCUCUGAAUACACUAUUCUGAGAGGCAAGGAAAAGCCUUUGCUCUGCCACAGUUUCUCAAAGGUGGAAGGCCUUUAAAGACGAUUAAACUACCACUUUGUGAGGUCAGCAAGCUAACUUCAGAGGUUAAGUCUGGCCCACUGCCUAAUUUUGAGCCAAGAGUGCUUUUUACAUUUUAAAUGGUCAGGGGAGGGGCAUCCACCUGGCUCAUUCAGAAGAGCUUGUGACUUUUGAUCUGCUGGUCAUAAGUUCGAGCCCCAUGUUGGGUGUAGAGAUUAUUAAAAAUAAAUAAAUAAAUAAAUAAAAAUAAUAAUAGUAAGCUUAAAAAAAUAAGUGGUUGUGGGGGAAUCAAAAGAAGAAACAUGUUUUGUGACAAGUGGAAAUGAUAUGAAAUUCAAAUUUCAGUGUCCAUAA